AUGUCUUCCUCUCCACUAGCAGAGACAGAAGGAGAUGUGUUUGAUCUGACAGCAGCAGUCCCUGAAACCGAGCGACUGGACACCAGUCUCCAAAAAGCUAGAGCACAGCUGUCAGUCAAAGCCCGGAGGCAACGCCCAUCUCGGUCCCGCCUCAGAGACAGCCUAAGCUCUUUCGAGGGAGAUGAGAGCCUUGACAGAAAGAAUAGUAGCAGCCCACUGCCCAGCACCUACUCUCCAUUCCACUCCUCCCUUCACUCUUCCUCCCCUUCUUCUGAUCUCCUCCUCUCCUCCUCUCCUCCACGGAGAGAAAGGGCCUUCACUUUUGAUACCUGUCAGCAAAAGGAUAAUCGGGAAGCCCAGGGGAGAAGGGGGUAUAGACAUCUCCUAAACACCUCCUCUCAAGAAGCUUUGCUCCCCAUGCCUUCUAGCUCUCCCUCCAGGACAUGCGCCAAAUCAGAGACCUCCUCCCCGGCCCAUGUGCCUUCGGGAGAACAGGUCCGGACGCACCAGGUGGAACAUACUAACCGUCAACAGACAGACUACACUCAGCUGCACCAGGAGGACAACUCCCACAGUGAAGAUGACAGUCAUGACAUAGGUCCAGAUGAACCGGGCAGCCCCACUGUGCUCUUGGACAAGAAGAGUCGGAGACGAUUCCUGGACCUGGGAGUAACCUUUCGCCGCACUUAUGGGAAAGUGAAAAAAGACAGAACCAACAGAUUGUCUGCAGGAAAUCGAGAAGGGGAGAGAGCUGAGAGCCGCUCCUCUCACUCCUCUGGGCCUCCAUUUGUGCCUUUCUCCUGGUUCAGCGACAGAAUCAGAGGAUCUGCCUCCAGUAAGUCUUCCUCCAAGGAGCCAGGAAAAUCAAACUCACAGGGAUCUGGCCUGGAUCGAGAAUCACAGUCUUUGCAGCCUUACCAGAGCCUGUCCGAGUACUCUGAUGAGGGUAGUAACGGCAGUUCUGUAGACCCCAGCUUAACGACUGAGACCAGAGAAACAUCAUGUGACGUUGAAAAUGAACAGAAAGCUCAGAGGACACAGAGGCUCAGUGGGACUCAUUCAAAGCAGGACUAUGAAGAUGGACAAAAAUUACUGACGACUUGA